AGGAAGGAUGAGCAAGUAGUGGUCAAAGUUAAAGUUGGGCCAAGUUGUGUCUUGUUUAAGAAGAAGCUAAGGUUUGAGAAAAUUGUGGUGGUGGCUAAACAGUGGGAGCACGCAAUCUUGCAUAAAUACAGAGAAGAAGAGAAGAGUGAAGAGACGAAGGAUGGGGAAGGCAAAAGAAGCGGCGGUGGUGGCGGGAGCCCUAGCAUUCGCGUGGCUCGCUAUAGAGCUCGCUCUCAAACCCUUCCUUACCAAGGCACGUGCUUCCAUCGACAAGUCCGACCCGGCACGUGACCCCGACGACGAUGCUCUUCCUAAAACCACCGCCGACGACGUUCCCGAAGCCUCCGCUGACGACGUGCCUGUCGCUGCUGAUACCAAAACCACCGACGACGCCUGAACUUAUCUCAUUCAUGUUAUUUUGAAUGUCCUGAAAAUUACUGUCCAAAUGAAAUAAUGUUGCUAGCCUCUUUGUGUUUCUGUUAAUUUUGUGUAUAUUGUGUUGUCAGUAUUUUUGUUCUGUUUUGUUUGGUUUUAGGAUUGAAAAAAUACCAGGUUGUUCUGUUCUGUUUGUUUCCCUUGUCAUGGUCAGAUAUAAACGGACAAUUGGUAUUUUGGUACUUCCCGUUUUAGCUUUUACAA